AUGCCGUCGCUUCAAACCCUCCCGCCAGAAGUUACUACCGCAAUUCUCAAAUACCUCAAUCCAUUCGACCUACUCUCCGUCCUCCAGACUUUCAACAAAGCACUAUUCAGCGCAGCAGAAAUAGCAUUCAAGCCCUAUAAAGAAUGGACUCGCAACGCCCAGAAAAUGGUAGCAUUGUUUCCUCCCCGAAGCAGCCAUAGCACCCGCCGUCUCUGCCCUUCAUAUCCAUCUUACAUCCCGCCGUUGGACCAUGAUAACGUCUCGGAGCGCGAGGAAAUAGCCAGGAGGGAUUAUGAGGACCUUUCACUGGAUCUUGAAGGUGGACCCUAUAUACGAUGUUCCCCGCCUGAUCUGAUAACUUGGAUGAAGCUCGACGGCUCAUUCGAGUGGCUUGAACCUCUUGAUGAGGAUAUGGCGGAUGAGAUGCUGCCACAUACCGGAGUUGAAGGCGAUCGGCCAGUAGCGCCAAAAGCUGACGUCGAUGCUCUCGUCAAGCAAGUCAGCGAUUUGGGCCUUGUGCUUCCUGUGGGCUUUGAGGCAUUUGUCCGAAGCAACAGACUGCACCACCGUAUUCCGAGCACUUCGGCCUGGUACUUCCGGCUCUCAAAGCCCAUCAAAUGUCCAGCUGCCAUUGAUGACGAUCAAGGAGGUUACUUGAUCCGCUUCCACUUCGACCAGCAGCACUGUGGUUUUGCAUACCUGUAUCUGAGCCCAUCGGGAGGUCAUUGCGUGUUGGUAUCGACGGUUGAUGUGUACGCAUGCCUUAACGAUGACGACGAAAUCAAUGGGGGGCAAGCGGAUGGAGAUAACGCUGUGGACGAGGGAGGAGAUGCGUAUGACGACAGCGAGCUUACAAAGGAAUACUUCUCACUAGCUGGACUUUCAUUCGAGGAGUAUCUUGUGACGGUCUACUUUGAGGGACUGCUUAGUUUCGAGGCCGAUAGCUUUAAGGGAUUGGAGGAUUUUGUUAAGCAUGUUUAUCGCUCGCCUAGAGAGGUUGAACAUCUGCGCGAAACAAAUGAAGCAAUUAAGGUGUUCCUCGAUGCGCAGAAGUGGAAGGGUGUAGAGCAUUACAGGCAAAGCAUUAGCGAUUAA